AUGCUCUUACUUUUCCUUCCUCAAUUUAUUAAUAGCCUUUUUGACCUUUCAAAUAUAUUGGAAGGAGUUGGUGUCCCGAGUUUCCUGGACAAUAAUAAUAGCAGCCAAAACCUAACUGAUAUAGAAUCAAGAAUCAAUGCUGGAUUUACAAUUUAUACAAAAAAUGAAACCGCUAACACGCUCAGAAUUAAUAGAGAGUUUUAUUUGUGCUCGGUUGAAAUCAAAACCUCUACUUUUAAAAAUAAUUACGCUUUUGGAGCAGUUACAGGCGGUCCAUGUGGUGGAGCAGUAUACGGAUAUCGCUCUAGUUUUCACAUAAUAGGCUCCAAUUUCAGCAAUAAUCAAGCAAUUGAUGGAGGUGCUAUAUCGUUUACCGAAUGCAACGCCCUAUUACAAUUACUACAAGAAAAUAACAAUCAAGCUAGGAACAAAUUUUCCUCAAAUACAGCAUUUUGCUCUGGAGGGGCAAUCUUUUUUGAAGGUCAGGCAAAAAACCAUUUUGAUAACAAUUUACAAAUUUGGGAUUCAAAUUUUUCAAAUAACACAGCUUACCAAACUGGAGGAGCCAUUCACGCUACUAUCGAAUCUCAAGUUUCAAUCAUUAAUUCCAAAUUUGACCAAAACAGAGCUGGUGAUAACGGUGGAGCUAUUUAUACCAUCAAUAGCGAUUUAUACUUAUUCGAUAGUUGCAUUGUUGCAAACCGAGCAGGAAAAAACGAAUAUAACUCAACAGAUCAGUAUUCAAGCGAUAGUGACAAAUUAUAUCGUAUGGAAGAGCAAUUGACUCGUAAGUUCUUGUGCCGAGGAUGCGGAGGAGUUGCUUUUAUUGUCAUAGAUCUCCAAUACAAUUUACUGCAAUUAAGUCAAGAUACAAACUACUCAAAAUCAUUUUAUUCCCAACAAUGCACUUAUUAUAACAAUCAUAUGUAUAGAGGCAUACUUCAGCAAUCUUAUAAUUAUAAUUUGAGUGAAUUAACUAAUAUUACCGGAUAUAACAUAAUGGUGCAAAAUGAAUAUAACAAGACAAUCAAGUUUCAAACCUAUAGCGAUUAUUUUAAAGGUAAUUUUCAAUCAUCAACCAUUCGAAUAGGCGAUGUUGAGUUAUAUUAUUAUUCACAUCAGCCUUCACAGAUUGCAAAUUGUUCAACUAAUGAAACACUCUCCAUACAAACAACCAAUAUCUCUCAAGCUAAGUCAACAAAUAAAUCAGGAGAUAGCAUAAGUAAAGUUGCAACGCCAACAAAUUAUACAUAUGUUGCAACGCCAAUUACUCGUCUUCCAAAAGCCACUACACAAAGUCCCAAAACAUAUCCAACGACUACACAUUAUACAACAAUAUCCCGUCCACCAUCAGCUUUUCCGCGAACACCAGUAUCAACACCAUUUUCUACAAUGUUUACUACCCCUCAUUCUACACCGCAUUCAACACCUUUUUCAACAGCUUUUUCAACAGCUCACAAAACUCCAUUCAUAACAGUAUUCUCAACUCCGCAUUCAACCCCUCUAUCAACAGCUCAUUCAACUCCUCAUUCAACAGCUCAUUCAACUCCUCACUCCACAGCUCAUUCAACUCCUCAUUCAACAGCUCAUUCAACUCCUCAUUCAACUCCUCACUCCACAGCUCAUUCAACAGCACACUCAACACCAAAUUCUACGCCUAAUUCAACUCCUCAUUCCACUGGUCAUUCAACACCACAUUCUACUCCUCAUUCAACAGCUUAUUUCACACCUCUUUCUACACCUUACAUUCCACCAAUUGUCAAAUCAAAGCCAACAGAUGUGACAGGAGAAUCCAGUGGUUACACAAAAUCAUUAACUGAAGUUCAAUAUCAAUACCAUACAAAUUCCACCACAGAAACCUCUAUUGCUGUAGGUAACGAGAUUAACAAGACAGAAACAAAUAUUACAACAAUAGCAUAUGCUAAUACAAGUGUACUAACAUGGGUUAUUACAUCAGGUGUAGAAACAACAAGUACAGUAACUUGGACCUAUAUUCAAUCUAAUACCACUACACUUACUGUUUCAACUACUUUAGUUGAGAAAAACACUUCAAUAAAGGCAAGUGAAGGCAAUGAAGAAGAUAACACAUCAACGCUUUCUUUAGUUGAAACAAAGACAAUAGUUACUACAUACACAAUGACACUUGUUAUGACUGAAACAAACAUCAUCAUUCCUUUGGAUGACUCAACUGUCGGAAGUAACGUUAAAUCCGGCACAAUCAUUCUGAUCGCUGUACUUUGUUUGGUUGCGGUGUUCUGCUUAGCUAUAAUCGGUCUCUUCUUGUACAGAAAGUCCCACAACAAGUCAUCGGAAUCAGAAUCUUCGAUCAAUGACGACAGUGAUUUAUUCAACGAUGAAACAAGACAGCAACAGACGAUCGUCACGUUUAAUGCAGAUGAUGAUAACACAAUGUUGUCAACCUUCAAUAUGGGUACUGAUAACAUCGAAGAUAAUGAAGAAUCUCUCAAUGACGAUGAUGAAAUGUUUCUUAACGCUGAAUUUUAA